CCCUCCAAAACAUUCUUUUUCCUGAAUCCCCUCCCUCCUUCCCUCAAUUCCGAAAUUUUCAGCCGCAAAAUUAAACGCUGUUCUAUCUGCUUGCUACUCAGAAAAGUAACGAACUCACAAUGUCAACCCACCAAGAAGAUCUGGAUCUACUCCUCUCUCUUCAAGAUAGGGUUUUGGAAACCCCUCCUGGCUCACCAGGGUACCUGUCUGAUGAUGGAUCACCAAGACGAAGGGGGCCGACAGACAUGUCUGUUUUUAGAGAUGCUGUUCAAGACUGCCUUGAUUAUGAGCCAAAAACAGUUGAGAAUGCUGGCAAAUCGAAUGUGUCAAACAAAAAAUCAGAUGCAGUUGUUGUUGAGAAGUUUUCUGGGUUGCGAAUAAGGAAUCAGUUGGUCUCCCCAUCAGAGCUUGGCAUGCGUUUUUCUGACAUUCGCUUUGCUCGGUUAUCAACCAUAAAGAAUUUGUUGGUGGGUGACACUCUUUCAGGUUGUUGGGCAUCUGUUGGAGUGCUAACAGAGAAGGGGAGUCCAAAAACUAGUUCUGUAGGAAAGAACUAUUGUGUUUGGAAAAUUGGGUGUUUGGAUGAAAAUGCUGUCUCCCUUUUCUUGUUUGGUGAUGCUUAUCAGCAGAAUUGUAAAGAGAAGGCUGGAACAGUUUUCGCGCUUUUCAAUUGUACAGUGCGCAAGGAUGCCAUGGGAACAGGGUUUUCAUUGAGUAUCUAUUCUCCUAGUCAAAUUUUAAAGAUGGGCACAUCAGUGGAUUACGGAGUCUGCAAGGGGAAAAGAAAGGACGGAAUGUCCUGUUCACUUGUCAUAAAUAAACGCCAAGGGAUAUACUGCAAAUAUCAUAGAGUGAAAUCAGCGGACAAAUAUUUCACAACACGAACUGAGCUCAAGGGAGGGAAUUUGAGAACAGCCUUUAGGGACCCUCUCAAGGCUAAAGGCAUCUACUUGGUUGAUCCUUUAGGUGAAAAAACAAAUGUGAGAAAGCCAGUAAAAUUAUUGUCCGUGGAAGGACUCAAGAAGGCAUUAAGCAAUGCAGGUAAAGUGACUACAAAUACACACUCACAGGGGAUUAGAUUUCUCUCUGAACUCACAGGCAAGAUGGCCCAACAAACAAAUAAAGUAUCAAUACCAGACAAGCAAAGGAGUAGCUUAGACAAGAGGAAAUCAUCCAGCAUAAGUUCGAGUGCAAAUGUAGUCAGAAAAGACCAAUCUCAUGCAAAAAGAAAUAAAACUGACCAGGAAGCAUUAGCAGAAAAAAAGGAGCUGGGAAAAGGGAAGAUGAUUGAAUUGGAUUUCGUUAGCUCAGACGAAGAAAUCUGAAUUUGCAUUUCAUCCCUCUCCUUGGUCCAGAAAUGGAGCUAGUGCUUAUUGCCGUCCCUAUUGACGUUUGAAGUGGACUUUGGCAUUCAUUGCUAAGUCACAUAUCGACAAAGAAGAAAUCAGUGUCGUGAUAUUGAAGGUAGCUUAGAUAUGGAGGGACCGUGGGAUCAGUGUCUAGAUCAUCUCAUGCACAUUUAUUUAUGUGCUUGCCGCCCCACGUGGAACCCUAAUUGUAUGCUAACAUUUAUUACUAUUUUUAAUUGGCCUAAUUAAAUCAUUAGCA